CCACCAGGCCGGAAGUGUAGUGUCUCUCCCUUUCCGGACCCUGCACCCAUCUUGCCACCCUCCCAGAUCUGCCAGUGACUUCAGGUUCUUCUACGGUCCAGAGUACAGAAAAAUUUAGUCCGCCUUUCCUCAGCUUCCUAUCUAAACCUGCGUGUCCAGACUUGUGAAACCUGGGCCUCAGCCACUCCAGACCUGUUUAGAGAUCCUCUCUUCCUGAGAAUCAAUGCCCCUGGGGUCUUACAGACCUUCCCCCAUGGUUUAUCAGAACAUUUCUUACCUGUACACCCUGGGCUCUCCUUUAGAGGAAUUAAGAAUGUUGUUUUCUCCUCUCCUUUCUAGACCCCACUCCCCCUUUUUCCUGGGUGCUACUGUCAGCAGAAGCUGAUGAGGAAGUGAGGCCUGAGACUUAGAGGAGGAGGGAAGGAGGGGAAAGGGGAAGUUUGGGAGGCAGGCCUCCAGGAAGCUGAUGGGAGAGGAGAGCUGGCAGACAGAGAGGCAUCCAGUCUGGGUUGUUUCCUCCAGCAUCUCAACCAGCACAUGCUGAGCUAUGAGCCAAACCAGGGAUUUACAGGGAGGAAAAGCCUUUGGGCUGCUGAAGGCCCAGCAGGAAGAGAGACUCAAUGAAAUCAACCAGCAAUUCCUGGAUGAUCCCAAAUACAGCAGUGAUGAGGACCUGCCCUCCAAACUGGAAGCCUUUAAGAAGAAAUACAUGGAGUUUGACCUGAAUGAAGACGGAGGUAUCGAUAUCAUGUCCCUGAAGCGAAUGAUGGAGAAACUUGGGGUCCCCAAGACCCACCUGGAGCUAAAGAAAUUAAUCAUGGAGGUAUCCAGUGGCUCUGGGGAGACUUUCAGCUACUCUGACUUUCUCAAGAUGAUGUUGGGCAAGAGAUCUGCCAUUCUAAAAAUGAUCCUGAUGUAUGAAGAGAAAGCAAAAGAACAGGAGAAGCCAACGGGCCUCCCAGCCAAGAAAGCUAUCUCUGAGUUGCCCUGAUUUGUGGUGAGGGAGAUGUGGUGGGAUUGAAGGGGCUUCUAAUGACUCCAACAUAGAAAAAGAAGACAAAAUUGUGAACCAGAGCCAAACUAACUUAAAUAAAUUAUCCUCCUUCAGAUGAA